AUGGCUUCUCUGGCUGCUGCCAAACGCCUCAUGGGCAAGACCAUCCUCAUCACUGGCGCCUCCUCUGGAAUCGGGCGCUCGACCGCUCUCGGAUUCGCCCGUACCUGUCCAAAUGACCUGCGUCUCAUCCUCGCCGCCCGCCGUAUCGACGUUCUCCGGGAGCUCGCCACCGAGAUCGCGAACGAGGUCGGCAUUGGGGUCAAGCUUCUUCCCGUCAAACUCGACGUCAGCAAGUCAGACGAAGUCCGUGCCUUUGUCGGCAACCUACCCACAGAAUGGAGAGACAUCGAUAUUCUUGUUAAUAAUGCUGGCCUGGUCAAGGGUGUGGCGCGGGCCCCCGAGAUUGAUGAAGGUGACAUGAACGUUGUCUUCUCUACAAACGUUACCGGCCUCAUCAACGUUACCCAAGCGGUCCUUCCCAUCUUCCAAAAGCGGCCAGACGGCGGCAAAGGCGACAUAAUCAAUAUUGGCUCCAUUGCUGGUCGAGAGCCAUACCCGGGCGGCUCCAUUUAUUGCGCGAGCAAGGCUGCCGUCCGUAGCUUCACCGACAGUUUGAGAAAGGAACUCAUAGCUACCCGGAUAAGGGUCAUCGAGAUUGACCCUGGUCAAGUCGAGACGGACUUUUCCCUCGUCAGAUUCUACGGUGACAAGUCCAAGGCACAAGCCGUUUACGCGUAG